GUCCAGAUGCCCCCGGCCCACCAGUUCCAAACCACUCGCUUCAGGAUGAUAUAAAAUCUGUCCAACAUGCGGCGCUCCCCAUUUCGAGCCGUCCGCUUGCCUCGUCCCUCGCUUCGCUCCACACGCCUCGGUCGACGUUGGCAGUCAACCAAAGAACCAGAAAGCCCCAAUAAGUCCAGCCCAUCGAUCGAGAAACAGGCUGCCACUCGAAGCAACUUUGAUCGACUCGUCGCACGCACACCCCGAUUCCUGAGACCUACUCUACUGGGCCUCAAAAACGCCCCUGUUUCUCACGUCACUGCUUUCUUCAUCCUCCACGAGUUGACUGCGAUCGUCCCCCUACUCGGUCUUGCGGGUGCCUUUCAUUACUGGCAAUGGCUGCCCUCUUACUUUGCAGAGGGACAAUGGGUUGUUGAAGGCGCUGAAAAGUUUGGACGCUACUUUCGAAAGAAAGGUUGGAUUACUCAACAGGACGAGCAUGAAGUCCAAGACAAGACUCUGGAAGGCCAGGCUUCCUCCUACGAGAACCUGGCUGUCUCCCAACAGUCUGGUCGUAACUACAACUCCACCAGGUGGAUCGUCGAGUUGGCAACUGCAUAUGCUGCCGUCAAGGUAUUGCUACCUUUUCGUCUUGCUCUCAGUGUCUGGGCCUCUCCUUGGUUUGCCCGCUGGACAAUUAUCCCUGUCGGCAACGUUGUCCGUUCUAUUUGGACCCGGUAAGCCGCACGCUGCCUAACGAGAUCCCAGCAUUACAUGAUAUGUCACAUUAGACUUG